AUGUCGGGGAAGCAGUUCUCCGUGGCGGACUUGGUGGCCAAGGCGGAAGCACUCGUGGACCAAUGUCAGCCCGAGCUGGCCGUGCAGUUCUACGAGAAAGCACUCGUGCAGGAGCCAACGAACGUGGCGCUCUUGGACUCGAUCGGAGAGCUGAGCACGGAAUUGGACAAUGCAGAGCGAGCGCUCUGGGCUUUUCGACAGAGUGCAGCGCUUGCUCCAGCAGCGAACCCCGCCAAGUACUUUUACCUGUCGCAGCUCGUCACGGGCGAGGAGGCUGAGCAGUAUACGCUGCAAGGAAUCACGUGCUUGCAGCAGGAACUGCAGCAACAGGUGGACUCGAGCGCGCCCGAGGCGCUGAUUGUCAAGAAACAGAUCUGCGAUGCCUUUUGCUCGCUGGGUGAGCUCUACAUGACGGACUUGUGCGACCACGAGGAGGCUGAACGUCGCUGUGAGUCGUACUUCCAGCAAGCCAUGACGUUUGACGUGGGGCUGCCAGAGCCAACGCAGGCACUGGCCAACUUGCGACUGGUGCAGCAGAACAAAGAGGCUGCAGAGGAGCUACUGGAGGAGACCUAUCGGCGUCUGACUGAGCACUGUACCGAGGAGAGUUUUCCGUCGCUCGAGUUCCGCACGGCCACGGGUAAGAUGCUGAUUGAGGUCGAGCGGUAUGAACAGGCGUGCGACGUGCUGGAAGGAGUGAUGCAGGAAGACGACGAGAACGCCGAGCUCUGGUUCCUCGUGGCGACGUGCUAUCGUGCGAUGGACGACUUGCCAAACGCUCUCGAGUUCUUUGAAAAGUGCCGCCGGAUGCUGACAAAAAUGAAGAAAGAGCUGCGACACGACUUCUACCUGGACGAUCAGCUUGAGAGUGUGGUCGAAAGCAUUGACAAACUGAAGAUUCUGAUUGCAGACCGACCGCUGGAACUCGACGAGGAAAGCGACAGCGACGAGGACGACAGUGGUGAUGCAAAGUCAGUCGGACAGCAGGACGUGGAAAUGAAGGAAUGA